AUGGAAAGAGUGUUUGAGCAACUUGAGUGUUCAGACGGUGCCAAAUUUAAGUAUGUUGUUUCAUUAUUACAAAAACAUUCUUAUGACUGGUGGGUAAGUGUACCAAAUGCCAAGGCAAAAUCUCUUGUUCUUACUUGGAAUGAUUUUGUAAAAGAAUUUUACAUGAAGUAUGUCUCACCUGCUAAUCAUGAUGCAAAGAAAAAGGAGUUCUUGAAUCUAGAGCAAGGGAGUAUGUCUAUUGCUGGAUAUCAACCGAAGUUUCUCAGGCUUUCUUCUUAUGUUGGUGUUAUUAUUAAUAGCAAAAAAGAUAAGUGUAGACGAUUCGAAGACGAUUUGAAUAAUUCCAUCAGAAAAUCUGUGGCGAUUCGGGAGGUCCAUCUAAAAGGGGAAGGUUUGAUAAUUCCAAAGCUGGCAAUGUUCACAAGUCAUCCUGGCACAAGCAACGUAGAUCAAAUUUCUCUACUGCUAGCACUCCAAGCUAUGUACAAGGCAAGACUCAUAUAUCCAUUUGCGCUCAAUGUUGAAAGAAUCACUCUGGUACUUGUAGGAGAGCUUAUGGAGUUGAAAAUUCAAUUACAAGAACUUCUUAAGAAAGGUUUUAUUCGCCCAAGUGUUUCUCCUUGGAGAGCUCCUAUUUUGUUCAUGCAAAAGAAAGAUGACACUCUUAGACUCUAUAUUGAUUACCGGCUAUUGAAAAAGGUAUGUGAACAAGAUAUCCCUAAAACUGCCUUUAGGACUCGAUAUGAUCAUUAUGAAUUCUUGGUGAUGCCAUUCAGGUUGACAAAUGCUAUUGCGGCAUUCAUGGAUCUGAUGAAUCGUGUGUUUAAGCCUUAUCUUGAUCAAUUUAUGGUGGUCUUUAUAGAUGACAUUUUAAUAUAUUCCAAGAAUAGUGAAGAUCAUGAAAAGCAUCUCCAGAUUGUUUUGCAAAUUUUGGAAGAGAACAGGCUUUAUGCUAAGCUCUCCAAAUGUGAAUUUUGGCUGGGUGAAGCAUGA